AUUCGUUGGAAGGCAGAGUCGGGGAUACCGCGCCUGUCUGCCGGCUGCUUGCUAGACGCACUCCGCUCACCGUGCUGCGCUUUUCACGAAAUAUCUUGUGUUAACAUAAUAAUAACCUAUAUAAGUGUUAAAUAUGUGUGUGAACAAAAAACGAAGAAGAUUUAAUUAAAAAUUCUUCUUAAAAAUAUUUGUAAAUAUUUUUGUGUUUCCGAAGUUGGAUAUCAUGAUAACAACCAUGACGUCAUUCAUAUUAUUGAAGACAAACUCUUUUUUGUUGAGAAUGAACAGAGAAGAUAAUGUUAACUGGUUUCAUGGGAAAAUAUCUCGGGACACGGCUGAGAAGCUCUUAAAAGAAGAAGGAGAAGAUGGUGUGUUUCUAGUGCGUGAGAGUAACACUUCCCCUGGAGAUUAUGUUCUCUCAGUUUUACAUCAGGGGGAAGUUGUGCAUUAUCAAAUUCGAAGACAUGGAGAAGAUGCCUUCUUCUCGAUUGAAGAGCAUACAACAGUCCAUGGGCUGGACACACUCAUACAACAUUACCGAGGAGACUCCAAUGGACUGGUUACCAGACUAUCUGUAGUGUGCAAGGGACAGCCACCACCUCAUGAGUCUCGCACACAAGGAACAACCAACCUAUUACACAGGGCUACAGAGGCUGGUGAUUUCAACGUAGUAUCUCAAUUACUAGCGUGUGGUUACCGCAACCGUGACGCCAAGAACCAGGAUGGCCAGACUGCCGUGCACAUUGCCGCCAGGUCUGGCAGAGACAGUAUACUUGCCAAGCUCAUUGAGAGCGGAGCCACUGUUAAUGUUAGAGACUCUUUUGGAUAUACGCCUUUACAUUAUACAUGCCAGAACAACUUGCCAAGUACGACAGAGCUGUUGAUAACUAAGGGCAACGCUAACUACCAGAUGAGACACGCGCCCACCGGCAAAGUGCCUCUACACGACGCCGCGCAGAGAGGACACAUUGAGUGUAUCAAGGUACUCCUGAAACUCAAAGCGCCUGCGCACGCGAGGACUUUGGCCCAUGAUACACCAGCUGACCUGGCCAAACAUUAUGGACACACAGAAUGCUACCAGUUACUGAAAAACCACCAACCUGAUGUUCCGAAAACAUCGAAAAAGUUGUGGUAUCAUGGCACCCUGAACAGGGAGGAGGCUGUGAAGACUUUGGAGGAAUACUGCAAGCACCACAAGGUAGAGGGCAAGGCUUCCGACGGCGUGUUCCUUGUACGGUACAGCGAGAGGCACACUGGAGCCUACGUCCUGACGAUGCUUAGCGAAAAUACACCUUAUAACUUUAUUAUUAGGAAAGAGGCAAACUGGUUGUUUAUUGACGACGGACCUUACCUAGAAUCUCUAGAGCGACUGAUCGAGCAUUACAGUACUGUGCCCGAUGGUCUGCCAACCCGCCUUACUACCGCUGUGCCGCCCAAACCUAAACCACCUCUACCUGAAUUCUCCACAAUGCCACGAACGAAGAAGUUAGCCUCGAGCCGGGCCGCCAUGUCUAACCAGUCGCUGUCUCUAGUGAAGCACGACAUACUGAGCGACAAGCAGAUGUCGGCACAAACGUCCCCGCCCACCUCCAUACAGUCCAACAACAACAUGUUCGAACUGCUCACGAGGAACUUGUCAUUCUCGUCGGACUUCAACAACGAUAGUAUUAACAACAACGAUGAUUCUAUAGACGACAAUGACACGUACAAAGUGCCAGCCAACAAUAGCGCCGUUGUUACGUUAGCUGAAAAUUACAAUGAAAUAUCUAUUAAUUCUGACGGCCAGCUUUCCACACUGCAAGAAUUUAUCCCAAUGAGCGAGCUAACACUGGGCGCGGUGCUGGGUGAGGGCGAGUUUGGUUCAGUACUCCGCGCGACGUACAGUCCGGCCGACCAGGCGCCGCAGCCCGUCGCAGUGAAGACGUUACACAUGCAACACACAGACACCAACAAGAAGGAGUUCCUCUCUGAAGCCAAAGUCAUGAUGUCCGUACGACACCGCUGCAUUGUCAGACUCAUUGGAGUCUCCUUGGGUCCACCAUUGGCAAUGGUUCAAGAGUUAGUGCCUUUGGGAUCACUAUUAGAGUACCUCGUGCGACACCCAGACAAAGCGUCGCCGGGAUACGAACUGCGACUGUGGGCGUGUCAGGUUGCGGCCGGUAUGCGAUACUUGGAGAGACGACGCUUUGUACACCGCGACUUAGCUGCCAGGAACAUUCUGCUGGCUAGCAGACAUCAAGCUAAAAUAAGUGACUUUGGGCUAUCGAGAGCCCUGUCGACGGAUAGUUCGUACUACAAAGCUAGUCGCGGUGGCAAGUGGCCCAUCAAGUGGUACGCGCCGGAGUCGUACAACUACGGCACGUUCAGCCAUGCCAGCGAUGUAUGGAGCUACGGCAUCACGCUCUGGGAGAUGUUCUCCUAUGGGAAACAGCCUUACGGAGACAUGAGAGGCAUUGAGGCUAUACAAAUAGUGGAAAGCGGUAAACGUUUGGAAAGACCAAAGGAUUGUCCUGAUGAAAUAUACCAAGUGAUGCUCGACUGCUGGGCGUACAACCCAGACGUGAGGCCCAGUUUCAGUCAACUAGUCGAUGUAUUCUCACAGCAUCCUGACUACGUCAACAUUAGCCAACUAGCGCUCGAGAACGAAGACGUUAAUGUUUAAAAACCACUCAAAUGAUAUGUAGGUAUUUAAUUUAUAUGUUAAUUUUAGUAUACGUAAGACAUUUUAAGCUACUUCAUGCGGCCAAUUUUAUUAAUAGAUUUUUAAAGGGCGGCCCCUACGGCUCCUACUUUAGGGAUACCCCUACUCCUAACAUCCUUACUUUAUUCACUCAACGUGCCCAAAUAACGUCUCUGGCAUAUUACCGCAUCCUUUAUGCCGUUAUGGUUCAUUUACCUAUAGGCCUGUCUUUUUUCCACUUUUCCACAAAUCUUACUAAUACUUAAUAGAUUUUUGACUUUAUUACAAGCAGUUAAGGUUGAAAAUCUAUUACUUAAAAUUGACAGUGUGGAGUAGCUUGAUGGUCGGCCGUCUGUAGUUCGUUAGGUUUACUAGGUUUUAUAUUCUUAGGUGUAAGGCCUAUGUUUCAGAAGUCUACGAAAAUCUUGGUGGAAAACCUGGGAGUUUUCAUUUGUUUUAUUUUUUAUUUAAGUAUGCAUAGGACCGUCAGUGUUUUAACAGUAUGUUUUUAAUUUUAAAUAGCAUUUUGUAUAUUUCCAACACUGUAGGUAUAUGGGGGUUAAUGCGAAUUUUCAAUAUUUUCGACUACGAUUGAAACUUCGCAACAAUUUCCAUAUACGAACAGAAUAUUGGAAAGUAUUGUGUAUAAUACCUCUCUACUUGUGUAUGUCUCUACACCAUAAAAUGCACAAAUAACAUGACGUGAACAACGAAAUAAUAUUAGUUUGAAGAUAUUCGUGAUAUCAGUAAUGACAUGCCAUGAUGUGCCUGAUUUACGUAUUAUUCUAUAACUAGCCGUAAGACUAUGUAAAUAGAAUAUACAAUAUAAAAUAUACAUAUUUUGAACAUGUUUUAAUAUUAAUCUGGUAGAAUAUCAAUAGCAUUUUUUAGUAUAAAUUCUAUCCUCUUUUUAGUUAGAUUUGUUUUUAUUUUGCUAACCAUUUCCAGUUCAUGUUCCUUUUAUAGCCAAAAUGGAUGUAUUAUAAUACUUUGAUAUAAUGUUAAUGCUAUUUAUAUGAACUGUACAUUCCAUUUUCUUACAGAUAUACCUUUUUAUUUAUAAAGCAAUGUAUUAUUUGUUUACAUUGACAUGAAGAUACUUGUUACAAACAUUUUUAUCUGAUUUAUUUGAAUUUGUUUUCUGUUUAUUUUUGCUUGUAUUCAAUAAUGACAUUCGGGCGCCUGGUAUAGUUCAAUAUAUUUAUGUAUAAUUUUACCAAUGUUUGGGAUUUAUUUGCCAUUUAAAUGCCAUAGUUUAAAACUACAAAAUUGCCACUAGGUUGUGUUAUGUAAUGUACAAAAUUCUAUAGAGUUACCCAAAUUAUAUCUAUUUUAAUUUUAGAGAAUUUAUAUUAAAUUCUAUGAGUCUGACUUAGCAUAUUAUUGUAUUAACUUUUUUAUAUUAUGACAGAUCAUAUAAUUAUGUUAAUAAAUCAAAUGUGAUAAUGGUAUUUAUAAAAUAAAUAACGAUUUUAUAAAAUAA